CAACCUGCAAUGUGCCUUCUUUGGGUUUUCGAAAUUGGGCAAUUGACCUUUUUUUUGCCUAUAAAAACCCAUCAAAAACAGAUCAAUUUUUCAUCAUCUCUUCAUCAACUCAAAGAAAAAAUUGAGUGUCAGUUUGAAAGUGUUCUUCAGAUAUGGCUAUGAAACAAGUUGCUAAUUCUGCUAUCAAAGCAAUUGCCAAUUCUGGGUCAUCCUCUCUUCUUACCAGACAACUCCAUGCUUCUCCAGGGAGCAAAAAGAUUGUUGGGGUGUUUUACAAGGCCAACGAGUACUUUACGAAGAAUCCCAACUUUGUUGGUUGUGUGGAGGGAGCCUUGGGGUUGCGCCAAUGGCUCGAAUCACAGGGGCAUCAGUAUAUCGUUACCGACGACAAAGAAGGACCGGACUGCGAACUUGAAAAGCAUAUCCCUGAUCUCCAUGUGCUCAUAUCGACCCCAUUCCACCCGGCUUACGUUACGGCUGAGAGGAUCAAGAAAGCCAAAAACUUGCAACUGCUUCUCACAGCAGGGAUUGGCUCCGAUCAUGUUGAUCUUAAGGCAGCUGCAGAAGCUGGUUUGACUGUUGCUGAAGUUACUGGGAGCAAUGUCGUCUCGGUUGCUGAGGACGAGCUAAUGAGGAUUCUUAUUCUUGUUCGGAAUUUCGUACCUGGUUAUCAUCAAGUUAUUACUGGAGAUUGGAAUGUUGCAGGCAUUGCUUAUAGAGCUUAUGAUCUCGAAGGGAAGACAGUUGGAACUAUAGGUGCUGGCCGUAUCGGCAAGCUCUUACUCCAACGAUUGAAACCAUUCAACUGUAAUCUCCUAUAUCAUGAUCGAGUCAAGAUAGAUCCAGAAUUGGAGAAACAGACCGGAGCUAAAUUCGAGGAGGAUCUUGAUGCAAUGCUUCCAAAAUGUGACAUUAUUGUCAUAAAUAUGCCUCUAACUGAGAAGACAAGAGGGAUGUUUGACAAAGAUCGGAUCGCGAAGAUGAAUAAGGGAGUCCUGAUUGUUAACAAUGCUCGAGGAGCGAUCAUGGAUACUCAAGCUGUUGCUGAUGCUUGUUCAAGUGGACACAUUGCAGGUUACAGUGGAGAUGUUUGGUACCCGCAACCUGCUCCGAAGGACCAUCCAUGGCGUUACAUGCCAAAUCAAGCUAUGACUCCUCAUAUUUCUGGUACCACCAUUGAUGCGCAGUUGCGAUACGCUGCCGGAGUCAAGGAUAUGCUUGAGAGGUACUUCAAAGGUGAAGACUUUCCUGAACAGAACUACAUUGUCAAAGCAGGUGAGCUCGCUCCUCAAUACCGAUGAUUUCGUGGUUUCUUCGUCCAUGAAAGAGAGUCCAAAUGUGUUCGGUUGGUAGUUAAACGUAGCUACUAUUGAAAUAAUGUGAUGUUUAGUAUGUUGCAAAUAAUGUGCCAUCUAUAUUGUGCUUUGAACUUGAUGUUACGUUGUAAUGAGUUCAGCUUUUGAUGGUUCAUCUUUUUAUGAGUGGUGGUUGUCAUCCCAUGAAGGAGGGCCUCUAUGUACCUUUUCGUUUUUCUUCAAGUAUCUUCAUAAUAAUAAUUUUUUGCGAAAA